AGUUGGCUCAAAGGUUGAGCUUCUUUAGUGCAGGUUCUUUUGCUGUACAGGGUUGGGAACGAUGGGAAUCGAAGUGCACGUUCAUGAGGUGUUGAAGCCCUUGGAGAAGAUCCAAGUGGCAUGUGACAACACUGGAAUCAUCAUGCUCUCAGUGCUAGGUGUUUUGACCUUGGGUGUGUGCUUCUUUGGUUAUCGGAUCUACAAGCUGGCCUUCCCGGUCUUUGGUUUUCUCGUAGGCUUUGGCCUCCAAGCAGCAGUUGGCAGUGCCUGGGUGCAGCAGCAGGACAACCAGGACCAUGGCAUCACUGUGAAGAUCAUUGUGGUGGUAUGUGCAAUUUUGUGGGGAACCCUCUUCCUCAUGCUGGCGCGACGGUACUACGAAGUGAUUCAGAAGGUCUUGGGCUUCUUGGUGGGUGUUUGCUUGGGUGUCGCCAUCACGAUCCUUGCCGUCAGCCUCGCUGAGAAGCCAUUGGAAGAAAACCUAGCGCAGUAUGCUGGCUGGGAGCGCUUUGCUGCUGUCACCCUGGGUGUUCCCAUCGCUUUGUUGACGGGCUAUGUUUGCCGGAACUUUGUGAAGUACCUGAUCAUGUUGCUGACCGCGGUGGUGGGCGCUGCUGGCCUGUGGAAAUGCGGCACGUCACUGAUUGACUGCCCACAGGUCCAUUCAGAUCUGGGGCCUGGCCUCUUAGAGAAUCCGGUCUUCAACUGGUCAAUCUUCAUUGGGCUGUCCUUGGUGGGUUUGUUGGCGCAGUUCCUUUGGCAGCCCAAGUCGACCGGCGCCAAGUCUUCAGCCACGGUCUCCCCAAGAGGGGAACCCUGAGACCCUCUUUGGUGCUUCUGACCGGGAGGGCGGAGUUUGUUCCAGAUGGGUCAGCUUUCAAGAAUUUCAAUCAAUCCACUCCACAUCUGGCCUUAUUUCGCGCCAUUGGGGCCUCUCAGCUCCUUAGAGCAACCACUGGGGAUUUGUACAGAUCAAUUCUCAGCUGGUCGCGACUCUGUUCCCCAACCCGACAAUCUCGCGGACGGCGCCGCCUUCGGGAACGAAGCCUCGCGGUGAAGAAAGCACUCGGCCCUACAAGGGGGCUGGUGGCCGCGCUUGGGUGGUUGGGAAUUCACUGCAUGAACAUCGCCACAGUGCGAGUCGUUGGCCUGCUCAGAUGUAGCGAAGUAGGCGGAGUCUCACUGGUCCGCUAGCUGUUGAAAUGAGGAUCCGAUCAUCUCCGAUCAGCAUGAAACAAACCAGGGCUCCAACGGCAUCCAAGCAGCAUAAUAAACCAAUGUUUGCUAGCUUUUCUUCCAAUUCAUGGUGUUGAACAUGCCUC